GCCAUAUUUCAGGAUGGUAUAGGUCCCUGUGCGCUGCUUUAUUGCGCGCUUCCGGGGGACCAAAAUCGUUACCUUCCUGUACAUGUUGAUUCCAAUGUACAUUUGGUUAUACAAUUUCUUUCAGCAUGGACAAUGUGCGUGUAGAAUUGCAUGAUUUGGACUUAGAGUUGAAAUGUAGCUUGUUUGGUGUUUGCUGUGUAGUGACAUUGUUGGCUUUUUGUUAUGUGAUUCUUCGUUUGUCUACAUCGCCAGUGCGAAUGCCAUGGAAUGAAUUUAGUGUGAUAUUGUUAUCGUGUGCUCAGCUUCUAUGCGGCAUAGUAUUUUACUUUGGUUCGCAGCAUCCAUUUCUACAGAUUGUCAAAAAGGCGAUUAAAGUAAUUCAGGCUGAGAUUAUAUCCUGGAGUUGCAUUCGUAUAUUACUAGAGAGUAAGCGUCAGCGUGCUACUCGUACACGUGUGAUCUUUCAUUUGGUUACAUUUAUGAUUGGUGCUGUGCUUUUAUACAGUUUCAUUUAUGUAACUGACACUAGUGUAUUGUUCAACGCUAAGAUUGGCAUAUUCAUGUCUGCCAUGUGGUGUAUAAUGUCCAUGUCUGUGACAUACGUGGCUGACAAGAUCCGAAAGAAGUUGGAUGUAAGCAAUCUGGUGCUAUCGGAGGCAGUUCAGAGUGUUGACACUGCUCAAAGUGUCCCUGGUCGUCUUGAGAAUCUCGACCCCGAAACCGGUGAUUUAGUGGAAUCGUAUAGCGAGACUAAGUACCAGCAGCUACUGAUGUUGGUAGUUGUGGAGGCAGUUACUGCUACUGGCACUUUGAUUUGGGACUUGGUGAUGUAUUACUCAAUUCAGCAAAGCGUCAUGGACAAGAGUUUAGAAUUACACUUACCCAUUUUAAAGGAGGUGCUUUACAUAUUGUCAAACACCAUGUUGAUAUUGAUUCCCAACUGGACAGUGUUCUAUGUUUUGUACUGGGUACAACGCCACAACUACACGAGGGUCAGUUCCAAAUGGGACGUUAACAUGAACACUAUGAGUUUUUCUGAACCUGAUAGAAGGCCGUUUGUCUAA